GAAAUUCUUAUAAAAUAGAACUAUACGUUAUUAAAUUUAAAGUAACGGAAGUGGCUACAUUUCGUUAGAGGCGCGUGCGAAGCACGUACUUACACACAAGUUAUCUGAAAAUGAGUAAACUUGUUAAACCAUAAAAUUUGCCCGAACAAGUAACAGUAUGAUUGACUUCAGUAAGGAGCAGUACGAUGAAUAUCAAGAAUAUCUUACCACAAAAAAAGAAUGGCCUGGUAUCAAUGUCAACGAUGUUUCAACGGUGACAUUAAAUUUACCGAUGCUCAUUAUGGAGUUGCAUCGAUUAGUGCCUUAUAAGAAAGAUUCUUAUGUUCAUUUUUGUCCACACAACAUGCCAAACGUUAGAAUACGCAAAAUUGAGCUAGUUGGUAGUGUUACCAGUAUUAAACGCAUUGACAAUAUGUUGUAUUUGACAAUUGAAGAUGGAACAGGAGAGAUAAAAGUUAGUUACAAGCUGGAACAAUAUCUCUCUGAGUUGGAAAAAUGGCAGGAAAUUAAUGAGAAAUACAAAAAGCAAGCUAACAGUGUAAAGAAUGAAGCAAGCACAUCUAAAUCUAAUCUUCCUACGCAAUUGCCUCAAGCUUGUCCAGAAUUCUCCUACAUACCUGAGGCACAUCUACAUAACACAGUUGAAGAAGACAGAUGGAUGGAUACAAAUAAAACAGUAAAAAGAGUGAUUCGGCUCUUUGAACGUGUAUAUAUCACUGGCUACCCCUGUUUCGAUAAAAGAUUCCAGAAGAUACCAGACCAUAUUACAACAGAGUUUGCCGAACAUUCAAACAUAAUUGUGCUUGCAUUGUCAAUUUCAUGGAUCUCGGAAGAAAGCUACAACAAAACGUUGGGUAGAUGGCUCGAAACUACCAUUCCACAAAGAUAUAAACAUGUAGAAAAGAAAUCGUGUAAAAGAUAAAAACAGAUAUAGCGUUGUAAAA